UAAAACGCAACGUUACGUCACUGUGCUGUCAGAUUCCGAUCUAAGAAUAUGGCGUUUUUAUCGUGCUAACUAGCCUGCUAACUAACUCUGCGUCUUUCAUCACCGCAGAGUUAACACGCUCGGUUGUACAUGUGUCUAAUGAACAGGGAUGGAUGAAUCGUGGGACUUCGAGUUCCUGUCGCGCAUCGCUGACAGCUGUUUGUCGUUUCUCUCGGAGUUCGUGGACGACUGGCUCGCCAACGACAUGAGAGUAUCCAUAUUCAAGAUCCUUCUCAGCUGGUUGAUUUUUAGUCUGAUAGCCAUUCACUUUGCUUGGAAAGUCUACGGGAACACGGUGAAUGACAUGUAUUACAGACAAGGGACCGGACAGAACGGAGGGACACCUGAUGCUGCCCCCGACCUCAGCGGAUGGGCAAGCAAAGCAGAUGAAGACAUGAAGAGUCACAGGGAUUAGCAGGAGGGAGGAUUUGAAACAAACGACUGGUGAAGAGUUCACGUCCUUCAGGGAUGCCACCGUUUCUGACAGAAAGUUUCAUUGUCAGUAAAUUCAGGAUGGAAUCACCGUCUGAUCAUGACUGCCUGGAGAAACAUGUUACCGUAGUAUAACAUCCUGUGUCGUGGACUUGAUUUGGUCAAAAGACUGUGAGCUGUAAAAUAAUGUCCUAUUUUUAAUGAAGAAACAGGAUUGCUUUGUUUACCAUUUCAUAUUUUAUGGACUUUUCUUUUAAUACAUUUUAGAUUGUGAUUAUAUAAACUGAAAAAAAAAUAAAAUCAACCCUACUGGUCAAAAAA